UACUUCUCUCUCAUUAGGUAGGUGGGGGUGGCUUAAUCAAGCAAGGCAAAGGUAGAGAAAGAUGUCGCACAGCUGUUCUCACUGCGGCAACAAUGCCCACAACUCACGCACCUGCGCAGUGACCGCCGAUGGAGGUGGUGAUGGUGGAUUCAUGCUGUUUGGGGUACGAGUUACGGAAGGUUCCAUCUCUAACUCGAUGCGUAAGGUUGUGAGCAUGAACAAUCUUUCCCAGUACGACCAGCCUCACGAGCCGAACGCCGAUGUUGCUUCCGGUUACGCCUCUGACGAUGUCGUCCACACCUCCGCCGGUCAUCGCGAGCGCAAGAGAGGAGUUCCAUGGACGGAGGAAGAACACAGGCUUUUCUUACUAGGUCUUCAGAAGGUUGGGAAAGGAGAUUGGAGGGGAAUCUCUAGAAAUUUUGUUAAGACUCGUACUCCCACCCAGGUCGCCAGUCAUGCUCAGAAGUAUUUCCUCCGGCGAAGCAAUCUCAACCGUAGACGUCGCCGAUCUAGCCUCUUCGACAUGACCCCCGAUACGUUCAUGGGAUCGGGAAAUGAAGAAGAACAAGUCAUCCACCAAGAAAACACAACUCAGGCAGAUUCACCACCGCCGCCGCCGAUGAACUGCAAUAUAGGAUUUCCGGUGCCGGCAUAUCCAAUGACACUCACUUCGACCGUGCUACCAAGCACUGGCAGCAGCAGCAGCAGCAGUAGCAUCAUCAUCGAUACCCCGAUGAUGGAGAAUCUAGAGCAGGGACAUGGACAAACCGUCCUUACGAAUGCAUCGUCAUCGACGAAGCUGGUCCGUCCGAUUCCUGUGCUACCGGUCCCACCCUUGUCGAAGAUGGCGGAUCUUAAUCUGAACCAGAAGUCAUCCAUAGAUCCUUCUCCACUGUCUCUGAAGCUCUCCACAUCAUCAGAUCAACAACCCUCAUCGAGGCAUUCCGCUUUUCAGGCCAUGACAAGCUUUGGCUCUGGCUCCGGCGAUCUGGAUUCAAAUGGUGGAAGCAUUAUCAGUGUCGCUUAAUAAUAAAUAAUUUUAUCUUGAAA